AUGGAAGAAAAGUUUGAAACGCUUAAACUGAAAUACAAAGUACACAAGUAUUCUAGUUUUUCCGCCCACUAUGUUCCCGAGAAUAUUUUAGUAAACAAUCCUGCUGAUCAGCUCUCAAGAUGGUUCACGGACAGUUCGACUGCCUCUCAGUUUAUUAUUUUGAAGCUACACUCAUCAGCAAUAGUCGAGACCAUUAAAUUUGGAAAAUAUAUUAAACCACAUGUUAGUGAUUUAAAGAAAUUCCAAGUCUAUGGUGGCACGGAUGAGAACAACUUAUCUUUGUUAUUAACAGCUGGGCUGCGAAAAGAUAAUCUUGCGGAGAUAUUUCGAUUACGGCAUAGAACAACCGAAGGUUUAUUCCUUCCUGUAAAAUACAUAAAAAUAGUGCCGCUACAGUCAUGGGGCCCUGCAUCUAAUUAUACCAUCUGGUAUGUUGAACUGGAGGGAAAAAAUCAGGAAGAACUAAUAAGUAAUAUUAUGGAGACCAUUAAUAUGCGAAAAGAAGAAGAAGCAGUAAGAAUACUGCUGAAACAUCUACGUCGACGGAGAUAUAAAGAUGCAUUCGAAGCAUUGUCUCGUGAAAGUGGUGUUCAGCUAGAAGGUCAUAUGCAGGCUAGGUUAUGGAAUGCCCUAGUUGAGAACGGAGAUUAUAAACUUGCUGAAAGAACCUUUGAGGAAUGUGCUAGAGAUGGUGAACUGGAUUGGUAUAUGUCAUGGCAGCCAUACAGCCCAGAAUGGCGGAAACUAUGCGGCUGUUCAGCGCAAGUAGAAGAGAGACUGUGUUGCGGUGAAGCGGCCCCGGAGGUACAUGCGCGCGCGCAGGAUCUUUCAUGCGCCGACCGAGACCCGCGGUUAGAAGGAGCUGAUGUCGCUUUGAAUGGCAACGAGGUGGUGGAAAGCUGCUUCAUAUCUUGUGGCGCUGCCUGCGCUAACCGACCUGGACCGCGUGGUGGACAUCAGCUCGUUGUCGACUCAAACACAGGUACAUUAUACCUUUUCGGUGGCUGGAAUGGGACAGAAGAUUUAGACGAUUUAUGGAGCUUCGAUACUUGUAUGGAACGGUGGACCUUGCUCUGUCGACAUAGCGGAAUGCUCGGUGGCCCAUCGCCGCGCUCCUGCCACAAAAUGGUUUUUGAUCCUAUAAACGAGAAACUGUAUACGCUUGGCAGAUAUCUGGACAAUGCGCAGAGGACACCAAGUAAUUUAAAUAGUGACUUGUACGUCUAUUCUGUUAGGAUGGCGGAGUGGUCAUUAGUUAUGAGCGAUACAGCGGCAGCAGGCGGGCCGUGUCUUGUUUUUGACCACCAGAUGUGCAUUGACCCAGACACCAGUACCAUCUACGUGUUUGGUGGUCGGGUACUCCCAGCUAACACGGAGGAAUCAGCGAGUCCUCAAUAUUCUGGUCUAUACGCUUACUACAUACAGACAAAUACGUGGCAACAACUACUUCCGGACAACCACGACUUGCCCGCGCCGCAGCCCCGUGUAUCACAUUCUAUGCUUUUCCAUCCAAUCCAGCGUCGCUUGUACAUAUUCGCGGGACAGCGGAAUAAAGAGCAAUUGCUAGAUGUAUGGUGGUACGAGGCCGGUUCGGGGCGAUGUGGCGCGCUCUGCGUCGGCGCCUGCGCACCGCCGGCUGCAGGCUUCACUCAGAGAGCCACUAUCGAUCCUGAUACAGACGAAAUCUUCGUGCUUUCUGGCAUGAGUAAAGAAAAGGAUCGCCGAGUUUACAACACUCUGUGGGUUCUUUCGCUGCGUCGGCUCACUUGGAGUUGCGUAUACAGGAACGAGACUGUGUCCCCUCAGGAUCCACGACCCCGAUUCGCCCACCAACUCGUCUACGAUCCUGUCAGAAAGAUUCAUUAUUUAUUCGGCGGCAAUCCGGGCACCACCAGCAGUCCACGCUUGCGUUUGGAUGACUUAUGGUCGUUGCGACUGAUCAGACCGGCCCUGGAGCGCGUAGUUCGAAUCGCACGCGCCGCCAUUCGUGAGGCGUGCUACAGAGAGCUUGCUGAGGACCCGGCACACGCUGCUAAGGCCUUGGAUUAUUUACGACACGAACUCAGUGACGUUACAGACCACAAUGACCCUGAACAGGUAGCUCAUUUUCAGCGAUUAGCAACAGCUUUAUUCGCUGGUGCUACUCACGAAGAUAGCGGUCCAGCACCCCUGUCCCCGCGGCGCGUUCGUGACUUGGCCCGCCGUCGGGCUGCCCUCCCCGCACCGGCUGACUUGGCUCGAGCUCUUGCCGCGGUGCUAGGCGCAGAAGACACGAUACCUGAAGCCACGCAGCCGUUCGAAGAAGCGACUCUUCCAGAUGUUGAUACGUGGGACGUAGGGCGGGACGACGAAGACUCACCCAGGGACAACUCGUGGGACACCCUACGGUGCCACCAGCUGCGGACAUUAUGGACCUUGUCACUCUAUAAAGGAAAAAAGAGAAGAGAAGAAGUGAUACAAGUGAAAUAUAAAUUAAUAAUGCUGGUUAUAAAAGUUAUUAUAUAUGUUGAUUUGUACAGAGGUGGAACGGGAGAACGCAUAGGGGAUACUGUGUUUGAAGGUCAACCGGCUUUGGACAAGAUUGGACGCGAGUGGCCUCGGCCACGGGACGGCAGAAACUGCGCUGACCGCCGCCGCGGGCUCGACCCGACGGCGCCCGCGCGCGGCGGCGACAGCGUACCAACAAAACCACGGACUACAAAUAUAACUAGAACAAGAUGGACGAAAGUAGACGGCAGAGGGCCACAACACAACAACGAACGUAUCAACUAG